GAGUUCGCUAGGUUUCACACCGGUAGAGUUUGGUUGGUGUGACGCGUCUUCGAGCGUAUUGGACGCCCACCGUGACAAUAAGAUAAACCUUGGUCGGUGGUUGUCAAAAAAGUAACUAGAUUGACAACGCCAAGGACGGGAAAUUUAAGGGGACGCCACUCGAAUGCCGGAAAGUAACUAAGGUGGAGUGAUUUGGAAAUAUAGAGAACCCAACAAUUUUGGCGCAGCCGGUAGGAUCUUUAUGAUGAACGACAAUAAACGAUUCUACGUAUCCUUGGGUGCGUUUAACGACAAAGCGGAUGCCAAUGAUUUACGUCGUGAAUGGGAAGAGUGGCAUCGCGCCUUCGAGCUGUUGAUGCAAAUGGAAAAUGUUGAGUCUCAAUCACAUAAACUCAUAUCAAUGCUAACCUUGGGGGGCAGAGGACUACAACGCAUUUUUUACAAUUUACGGCCAAUUGCUGGAGAAGUCAAUCCGGCACCUGUUAAAGUACCAUUGAUACCGCAAGACGUACCGGAAUAUGACAACGCUGUCAAACGACUAAGAGCUUUCUUUAUGGGAAAAAGGAACGAGCGAGUAGACCUAGAAGUAUUUCGCUCCUUGAAACAGAUGCCUGAUGAGUCUUUUAACAACUUCAUGCUUAGACUCCGGGAUCAAGCUGCUAGAUGCGAAUUUUCCACGCGUGAGGAGACUGAACUUCUCCAGCAAAUCACGAUUGGUGCUCGAGACGAGAAGGUACGAGACAAAGGACUGGAAAAUGUGAUGAGUCUGGAUGAGGUCAUGGUAUACGCCAUGAACCGAGAGAUUCUUCAGCAGCAACGGGAGAAGCAUAAACCAUUUCUGGAUGAUUCAAGCGUUAACAGGGUUAAUUCAAACCGCCGAGAUACAAGCCGGCCAAAUGAACGAAAUCAUCCGUAUGAAAGGCGUCAUUCACCUCGUCGGGAAUAUUCAUCAGGUCAAAGGUCCUAUGGCGACUGUAAGCGUUGUGGUUCAUCUCGUCAUUCGGAGCACUCACAAGAAUGUUUUGCUAGAAAUGCUCGAUGUAAUAAUUGUGGUGAACGCGGUCAUUAUGCUAGGAAGUGCGCAAGUAAAAAAGCUCAGCAGACAAAUCGAUUUUCGGGACGCGAACCCAGACGUGAAUUUAACCGAGAUUUUAGUCGUAGGUUUGGGCGUGAAGCAAACUCAGUAAGGGCACCUCAAUCAUGGGAGGAAGAGGAUCUGCAUCGCCCAGCUAAGAAUGAAAACUCUAAGGUGGUGUAAUCGUACAUGUUAUUUUGUUUAUCUCUUGAAUUCUAAUUAUAUUUUGUGAACUGUAUAUUGAUAAAACUUAAAAA